CGCGCCUGCCCGGGCGCUGGGGUCAAACGAGCGUCGCGCGCGGCAUGGCGGAACCCGAGCUGCAGCUGGUGGCGCGGCGGAUCCGCAGCUUCCCCGACUUCCCCUCCCCAGGCGUGCUGUUCCGGGACAUCUCGCCGCUGCUGAAGGACCCUGCCGCCUUCCGCGCCUCGAUCAGCCUUCUGACGCGGCACCUGCGGGACGCGCACGGCGGCCGCGUGGACUUCGUCGCAGGCUUGGACUCCCGAGGCUUCCUGUUUGGACCCUCCCUGGCCCAAGAGCUGGGCGUGGGUUUUGUGCUCAUUCGAAAGCGGGGGAAGCUGCCAGGCCCCACAGUGUGGACCUCUUGCUCGCUGGAGUACGGAACGGCUGAACUGGAAAUCCAAACUGAUGCCCUGGAGCCAGGGCAGAAGGUGAUCGUUGUGGACGAUCUGCUGGCCACCGGCGGGACCAUGCGGGCAGCCUGCGAGUUGCUGGACCGGCUGCAGGCGGAGGUGGUAGAGUGCGUGACCCUGGUGGAGCUGACUUCGCUGCGAGGCAGGGAGAAGCUAGGGACAGUGCCCUUCUUCUCCCUCCUACAGUAUGAGUGACCAUGUGACCACUCAGCCCUUCUUCAGCUAGGAGAGGAAAGUGUCAGCCUGGGGCAACUGAAGUGACCUUUCUGCCAGAGGCCACUGGCUACCCAUCCAAAGUUUAGUCAUACCUUUGGCCUGGGACCCUUCUGUAAGUGCCAAAACUUAGAGCAUGGCUAUAUGGGUGUGAUUGAGAGCCUGUGUUCAGGUGCUACCCUCGUGGCUAAAGUGCAACUUCAUCAUCUUAAGAGUUGCAGAGAGCAAAGUACUAGAGUCCAGGUGUUGGCCUGAUAGGUCCUUCUGGAGCAGUGGUUCUCAACCUUCCUAAUGCCACGAUGUAUUUUCAUUGUUACAAAGGGGUUGGACCCACAGGUUGAGAACCACUGUUCUGGAGGCUCCAGGGCACGACCUUCCUUGUCUCCUAGCUUCCAGGGACCACCUGCCUCCCCUGGCAAGGUAGCCUGGGGCAGCACCUCAUUGGCUAACUGGGUCUGGUUACAAACCCAACAAAAGAACAAGAGUAAAUAUCUCUGCUGCAAA